AACCACACGUGUUUGGGUAGUGUUGAUUGUUUACAUCGUUUUGAAAAGAUGCCGAAGAAUAAAGGAGGUGGGAGUGGUGGUGGAAAAGGAGGAGGGGGUAAGGGAAAAGGCGGAGAUGCAGCCGAUGGGGGUGCAGCGGGAGGAAAACAGGCGAAAGGUGGAAAUGCUGUCAAGGUUAGGCAUAUUCUCUGUGAAAAACAUUCAAAAAUUAUGGAAGCCAUGGAAAAAUUAAAAAGCGGCGUGAAAUUUAACGAGGUAGCAACAGAAUAUAGUGAAGAUAAAGCCAGACAAGGGGGUGACCUGGGCUGGAUGACCAGAGGCAGUAUGGUGGGACCAUUUCAGGAAGCAGCAUUCGCCCUCAGUCCUAGCACAGUUGCCUCCCCUGCCUAUACAGACCCUCCUGUCAAAACGAAAUUUGGUUAUCACAUAAUAAUGAUUGAGGGCAAGAAGUGAUGGGCUAGAGUUUAGAUAUUCUUGAAAUAUGGUAACAGUUUUACUGUUGGAAGAAAGGAAUAUAAGUGUCACAUAUGGUGACUUAUUGUCUAAUGUAUAAAGAUACAUUAUAUGCUUCUCAAUGAGUAAAUUAGUGAGCAUUCACAUUUUUACACAUUGAUAAUAAAUGAAUUGUUAUGAGUAUAACUAUGAGUGAUGACAAUAAUUGUUAAUGGUGGAGAAAACAUAAAAAUGACAUAAAGUUCAGAUGAAAGAGUGCAAAAAGUUAUUCCUAAAUAUGGCCUUCAAUAUUUUUCUGAUUUUUCUUGGGCGAGAAAAAGACACUUGACAAUUAUUUUUGUGUGGUGGGUAUUUGGGACCACCUAUUGGUAUUUAUAGUCUUUGUUUAAUAAUGUCAUAAAUGAGGAUGUAACCCAGGUUUAAUAAAUAUUUUUGCACUAGAAUUUGUUCUUCUCACCUAAAAAAUGUAUUCAACCUCAAUUUGGAUCAUGUUUAUAUUUUUAAUAUGUUCAUAAAUAUUAUCAUAAUUUAGGUUAAAUGCAUAUGUUUCGAUAUAAACAAUCGAUUUGUAUUCAAAUAAAUUUAUUAGACAAGCAUCACAUCCUUAUUUAGAACAUUAUUGUGCAACAACGAUAAAUGCCAAAAGUUGGUCCCAAAUACCCACCAUACAAAAAUAUUUUAGAUUACCCUUUUCCCUUGAAAAAAAAAAUCCAACAAAAUA